AUGUCUGAAAUUCAGAGGUGGACGGUCACUGAGCCGUACCUUGACAUUCCAGGAACACUCCUCGAAGGCCCCUUUUACGACGUGGCUAAGAAUGAAUUCCGUUUCGUGGAUAUCUGGGACCAGAAACUAUAUCGACUCGAUCUGGCAAAAGGGUCUGACUCAUUGACGGUCAUUGAUACCGAUGCCUCUCUUGGGUCCAAUCAAUUGAUUGUUGGGGCCAAAUAUGGAUUUGCUCGGCUGGACCAAACCACCGGGAAGCUCUCCUAUAUCCACGAUACCCGUGAGCUUUGGGGAGAGGAUGGAGAGAAGGCAGAGAGGAUGCGUUUCAAUGAUGGCGCAGUCGAUAGCCACGGACGAUUUUGGGCCGGAGCUAUGAACGACCCGAAAAUCAAGAAGCCAGAAGCAGAAGGCGUUCUAUUCAGACUAGACCCAGACCAGACGGUGCACCACAUGUUGGCAGCGGUGACAAUCCCUAACGGGAUCGGGUGGAACCUAACCGACGACGUGAUGUACCUGACUGAUUCGCCAACAGGCAAGAUCUUUGCCUUUGACUUCGAUGCGUCCACUGGUGCCAUCAGCAAUCGUCGAGUUCACUUCGAUAUCGGCAAUGCACUAGAGCCCGAUGGCUUCGCUAUUGAUGUCGAAGGCUGCAUCUGGACCGCUGUCUACGGCGGCGGAAAGGUCUUGCGCAUUUCCCCGGCCGGAAAGAUUAUCGGUCAGAUCGAUCUCCCGACCCGCAACGUGACCUGUCCAGCCUUUAUCGGCACUGAGUUGUUUAUCACUACCGCCAAGGAUGAUCGUGAUGAUGACCAGCUGCCACAGUCGGUUAGGUAUGGGGGCCGGGUUUUCAGAGUUGAUGUUGGGGUCCGUGGAGUGCCCAAGAAUGAGUUUCAGUUUCAGUAA